AUGGCUUUCUUUCCUUCCUGGGCCUGUGUGAUAGUUGGUUGUAUUUCUGCUUCUUUAGCAGUGACAUCCAAUCUCUCAGAUCUGUAUCCCCCUUUAUGGGAGGAGAGUCCUGGUCAGUUCAGUGAUUACAGAAUGAAAGAUGGACAGUACAUUAUCAACGCCUGGGUAUAUCCUGAGAGAAUGGGGAUGUAUAAAAUCCUAUUGACGCAGACUGCCAGGUAUUUUGAAAGAUUUGCUCCAGAAAAUGAGCAGAAUGUUUUAUGGGGAUUGCCUCUGCAGCAUGGCUGGCAAUAUAGUACAGGCAGAUUAGCUGAUCCCACCCAUAGGACCAAGUGUGGCUAUGAAUCGGGAAAUCAUUUGUGCAUCUCUGUGGACAGUUGGUGGGCUGAUAUAAAUUAUUUUCUGUGUGCAUUACCUUUCCUUGCUGCGGUUGAUUCUGGUGUAAUGGGGAUAUCAACAGACCAAGUCACCCUUUUGCCACCAGCCAAGGAUAAGAAUCUGUUUUGUCUUAAUGUUUCUACCUGUCGUUCAUCCUUCCCAGAGACAAUGAACAAGUGGAAUACCUUUUACCAGCAUUUGAAGUUACAUUCUAGUACCUUUCAGGACCUGUUGAAGUACUUGUGGGCUGCACAUAUCUCAUCCUUAGCUAAUACUCUCGAAACUUUUGCAUCUAGAUUAAAAUAUUAUCCUAAACCAGAAGCAUAUUUUGGCACAAGUUGGCCUGUGACUGUGGAGUAUGUUGCUGCCUCUAACUUUCCUACAACCUUGAAAAGAACACAUGACUUCCAGAAGUGCCUGCCACCACAGAUGCUUGUUACAGGAGAUGUAGCCCCUUUCAUCAAGGACUUUACUGCCCUUCAGAACAUAGUCCUCUUUGGUAUAAAUACUCUUUACAAAGUGAAUAAUGCUACAGAGCUUCAGAUCCAGCCCAGCCGCCGACCGCCGGGAAUUAACGCGCGCGGGGGGCCGCUGCGCGCUGACAUUAACGCCUUUGUUUGGAGAAAUCCCGUGGGUGUGGAACUGGGGCUAGCGGGCCCAAGUCGUGCUCAGCCAGAAAGUCGCAGAUAA